AUGAAUAGAAUAUUCGGUAGAGGAAAACCUAAAGCUCCAGGUCCCAGCUUAACGGAUUGCAUCAGUACUGUUGAUACCAGAGCAGAUGGCAUUGAACAGAAAGUUAACAAAUUAGAUGCAGAAUUGAGAAAAUAUAAAGACCAAAUGGCAAAAAUGAGAGAAGGGCCUGCGAAAAACUCUGUCAAACAAAAAGCAAUGAGAGUUUUGAAGCAAAAAAAAAUGUAUGAACAACAAAUAGAAAAUUUAAGAGCACAAUCAUUUAAUAUGGAGCAGGCAAAUUAUACAACACAGACAUUGAAAGAUACACAUACAACCAUUACCGCUAUGAAAGAUGGUGUGCAGUCUAUGAAGAAGGAAUUUAAGAAGAUUAAUAUUGAUUCUAUUGAUGAUGUUAAUGAUGAAUUGGCAGAUAUGUUAGAACAAGCAGAUGAAGUUCAAGAAGCCCUUGGUAGGCAAUAUGGCAUGCCGGAGAUUGAUGAUGAUGAAUUGGCUGCAGAAUUGGAUGCUUUAGGUGAUGAAAUAGCCCUUGAUGAUGACACAUCGUACCUGGAUGAUGUGGUUAAAGCACCUGCGGCACCUGAUAAGGAACCAGGUGCUGACAGCAUCAGGAAUAAGGAUGGUGUACCGGUUGAUGAGUUUGGAUUACCACAAGUGCCUAGUGCUGCACACGCUAAGUAA